AUGUCCUGGGAGACGACAAUUCUUGGCUCAGCCAUGAAUAACUGUGUGCUCCUGGAGGAACUGCUUAUCAAAAGAUCCCAACAGAAGAGAAGGACUUCACCCUCCAACUUUAAAGUGCGCUUCUUUGUCUUAACCAAGUCCAAGCUGGCUUACUAUGAACAUCGCCAUGGGAAAAAAAGGACUUUGAAGGGUUCUGUGGAACUUUCCAGGAUUAAAUGUGUGGAGAUUGUGAAAAGUGAAAUCAUCAUUCCCUGUCAGUAUAAAUACCCUUUCCAGAUCGUCCACGAUAACUACAUACUCUAUGUGUUUGCACCCAAUCGUGAGAGCCGGCAGAGAUGGGUCUCUACGCUGAAGGAAGAAACCAGAAACAACAACAGUUUGGUUUCAAAGUGUCAUCCAGAUUUUUGGAUAGAUGGCAAGUGGAGAUGCUGUGCUCAGACAGAGAAGAUGGCAGCUGGCUGUGUGGAGUAUGACCCCACCAAAAAUGCCUCAAAGAAGCCUCUUCCUCCCACUCCUGAAGAUAACCGGAAAUUGUUGUUAGACCCAAAGGAAGCCUUAGUCAUAGCCAUAUAUGACUAUGAAGCCCAGAAUCCGCAGGAGCUGACGUUGCAAUAUAACGAGGAAUAUUAUGUGAUUGACAGCUCUGAGGAACAUUGGUGGCUGAUUCAAGAUAAGAAUGGGCAUGAAGGCUAUGUGCCAAGCAGCUACCUGGCGGAAAAAUCACCCGAGAAUCUGCAAAUGUAUGAAUGGUACAAUAAGAACAUCAGCAGAAGCAAAGCAGAAACACUCCUCAAGGAUGAGGGUAGGGAAGGUGCCUUCAUGGUGAGAGAUUCGAGGCAGCCUGGCAUGUACACCGUCUCUGUUUUCACCAAAGCAUUAAGCACGGAUAACAAUCCCGUUAUAAAGCAUUAUCACAUCAAUGAGACGACUGAAUUUCCCAAGCGAUAUUACUUGGCAGAAAAGCAUGUAUUUGACUGCAUCCCUGAACUCAUCAACUAUCACCAGCACAAUGCAGGAGGUCUUGUCACUCGUUUGCGGUAUGCAGUCUCUUCUUGGAGAAAAAAGGCCCCCAUCACUGCAGGGCUGAGCUACGGAAAAUUGGUCAUUAACCCUUCUGAGCUCACCCGUGUACAAGAAAUUGGCAGUGGUCAGUUUGGGGUGGUCUACCUUGGCUACUUGCUGGAGAAGACAAAAGUAGCCAUAAAGACCAUUCGUGAGGGAGCAAUGUCUGAAGAGGAUUUCAUCGAGGAAGCCAAAGUCUUGAUGAAGCUGUCUCACCCCAAGCUAGUCCAGCUUUAUGGCGUGUGCUUUGAGAACACUCCCAUAUGCCUGGUGUUUGAGUUCAUGGAGAACGGCUGCUUGUCUGACUACCUCAGGAGCCAGCGGGGCAGUUUUUCAAAGGAAACCCUGCUGGGGAUGUGCCAAGAUGUGUGCGAAGGAAUGGCUUAUCUGGAACAAAACUCUGUCAUCCACAGAGACCUGGCUGCUAGGAACUGCCUGGUGGGGGAAUCCCACGUGGUCAAAGUGUCCGACUUUGGGAUGUCCAGGAUUGUCCUUGAUGAUCAGUAUACCAGCUCCACUGGUACUAAGUUUCCAGUCAAGUGGUCUGCUCCAGAGGUUUUCUCCUACAGCAACUAUAGCACCAAAUCUGAUGUUUGGUCAUUUGGAGUGCUGAUGUGGGAGGUCUUCAGUGAGGGUAAAAUCCCCUAUGAGAAUCGCACCAAUGGAGAAGUGGUGGAAGAAAUCAAUGCAGGAUUUCGGCUCUACAAACCCAAGCUGGCCUCCAAGGUGAUUUAUGAGGUCAUGAGCCACUGCUGGAGGAUGAAGAAAGACGACCGGCCAUCCUUUUCUGUUCUGCUGUAUCAGCUGAGUGAAAUCUCUGAAUUUGAUCUGUAA